AUGGAUAUCGACGAUAUCGCCUCUGUCGCCUCAACGGUUGAGAAUGAAGUCGACUCAGAUGUCGAAUGGCCAGUGAAACAAAUACUCGCCGAGGGCCAGAUCGAGGGCCAGACUGUGUAUCUCAUUGAAUGGGAAGAUUAUCCGCUCAGCGAUGCAACAUGGGAGCCACCAGAGCAUUUUCGAGAAAGCCUGUUGCAAGACUGGGCUGAGACCAAACAAAAGCAACAAGAGGGCAAAAUACCCAGAUUUUAUAUUGACGAAUGGCGAACGGCAAUAACGCAACGCUUUCGAGACAAAUACGCUCGUCAUGAUAUGCGAAACCGCGAACGUCAGCGCCGCGGCUUGAAAAUCGAGCAUUUUGACAGGACAUUGGAGGAAGUGAUUGCGGAAAUCAACGCUACGCCGAGUGACCAACCGAAAGCGACAGGGGAUAGUGCCCACCAGCCUUCCACUGCCGAUGCACCACAGCCUGUUCCGCAGCAGGCUGAGUUCUCCGAGGAGCGCUCGCGUCGCUCAUCAAUAGAUGAUCUAUUUUCGGAUCCUGACUCGGAGAUGGAAGAGGACGCCUCUUUAGGAUAUUGUGACCCCGUCAACGAAGAAGACGUGAUAGCGCCCACGCCGAGCGCAGAUUCAGUACCCAUGGACGAUGCGGCGUCGACACAUGUCACGAGUCUGAGACCGGAGCGUGCACAACAGCUUCUUGCUGGUAUCGUCCUAGAGUCUGCCGGAAAGCUGUCUUCCGGUGAUAAUUUAACCAGCCAAAAGCCAGGCGUGUCAUUGUUGAAAGACAUGCCGGAUGCUGAAUUCGAUCUCGACAGCGACGCCAUGGAUAUUGACGAUACGAGUGGAGAGGCGUCACCGACUACGCCGUCGCAUCCAACGCUCGAUAAAACAUCUACGAAGCUUGCCAAUGUUCAUUCUAUCUGCGAAAGUUCUUCUGCACGUAACUUCAUUCAGCCUUGCCCGAAGCCAAGCACGGCAGCAGAAACAUUUUCGCAUCAGCGAGAGGACUGUGAAAAAGCCGAACAGGAGAACAAAAACGACAUCACAUCUGCUCCCCCAGCACGGCCUAUACAGCAGCAAAGCGGAAGCCAGUCUAUUCGUUCCCGACCGCUCUCAUAA